AGGCGUAGAUGCCGCGCUGACCAGGCGAGCUCUUAUCGCGCUAGAAUUCUUGACGUUGGUAAAGAGACACACAUGUACAUGGGCGAGUCCUGGAUACGCCCAGGAUUGCGCCGCCAUUGACGAAUGGAUGAUUGAAUUGGGUUAUGUGUUGCAUUUAUUUGCGGUGCUCUGCUUACACUUUCAGAAAAUAACAAAUUUAAUUUCUUCUAUCCCUUUCAUGCUUUCUUGGUUAUCGACGUUUAGCUGCUUAUUCGCAGCGCUCUGCCUGUCGUCAGCCGCACCCGUUGAGUCCAAGGACGAGUUGUUUUCACUCAAUGAAAGAGAUUUUCGAACCUCUACCUCUCGAGGCCUGUGGUUUAUCGAAUUCUUCAGUCCACAUUGCGUGCAUUGCAAACGUUUCCGUCCUACUUGGGAGCAAAUGGUCUCGGACAAGGCCUCUUAUAGGGCCUUUGGGUUUAACAUGGCUCAGGUUGAUUGCAUUGCCAAUGGAGAUCUUUGUCAUGCGAUGGAUGUGGAAUACUAUCCCCAAUUGUCUCUGUAUAGAGACGGUGAGCUGGUGGAAGUGUACAAAGCAGAUACCGCCGCGGAAGAGCUUUCGGCAUACAUAGAUCGGCAAGUACAAGAGUUUUCGAGAAGAAAUAUCAAAAACGUUGGCACUCCAAUCCGCGUUCCUAACGAGCUGGGGAACGUUUCUCGACUGGACUCGCAGUCUUUCGAUGCUGCAAUAAGUGAAGGACCACUUUUUGUAAAGAUGUUUGCUCCUUGGUGUGGUCAUUGUAACAAGUUAGCCCCAGUGUGGGACCAACUUGCGAGCCAUAUGAAAGGUGUCAUCACCAUAGCGGAGGUUAAUUGCGAUGAUAAUGCAAGCCUAUGCAACCGAGAGGAUGUUGAGGGCUACCCGACCCUUUUCCUCUAUCAGAAUGGGAAAAAGGUCACGUAUCGCGAUAGUAGAAGUUUGACCGAUCUCGAAAGUUGGAUUGUAAGAGCAGUUACUACAGCACGCGGGUUGACGCGACUCGAGCUGGACGCUUUGGAAGAUGCUGUUAAAAAAGAGCCUGUCGUUUUCGCCUACUUCAAGUCCCCUGUCUCAUCCGAAAAGGAAUAUUCAAUCGUCUUGGAGGCGGCGCGGUCUCAGUUGGGAGGACCACCUGUAUAUUUGGUGGAGAGCCCGCAGGCCUUCCGUCGAUUUUCGAUUGAUGCCGGCAAAGGAUCGCACCUCUUCCUUUUUAGGGAUUUCAUCAGCAGACCAGCCGACAGACUAGAUCUCACUGCACUUAUCAUACCAGAUGCGUUGCAAUUGUGGAUGACCAAUCGCCGGUUCCCUAGUGCCUUUGAGCUCACAUCGGGGAAUUUUCAAGAUGUGAUGCGUGCCGAUACAGUCCAACACGUUUUACUGGUCGCUGUACAUAGGUCGCAGGGACCAGCAACAGAACAGUUGCUUUUGGAGCUUAGCAACACUUGGAAGACUCAAUCCCACUCCCAUCCUACAUUCUUCGUUUGGAUGGAUGUCGAUAGAUGGGAUUCUUGGCUACGUCGUAUGUAUGGUUUCCAGCAAGACAAAACACCGUUGGUCGUGAUAACGAAUCACAAGCAACUGAUUUAUUACGACGUGAAUGGUUCAAAUCAGCCAUUGGAAUUGCAAAAUGACAAACUCGUGCGCGCCCUGAAUGAAGUCUUCUCUGGCAAAUUGCUAGCAAAACACAGUGAAAAUGUGUUCGAGCGAUUGCUUCGGUCCACACAAGAAAGCCUGACCCCUCUGAUCACCCUCCGCACAUUUUUGGUUGCAAUUUCGAGUUCGUGCAUUCUGUUUAUUAUAUAUGUUUAUCUACGCAGAGGAGUUGUUCGGCCAGUCUUGAAAUACAGGAAAGAUAAAGGUAAUUCUCGAUUAGACUAGUACACUGUUUUGUAGAUGAUGUGCAUCCAUACGACAUACCAAAUGACAUGGACGCUAUGAGUGGUG